ACAUUUACCGGCCGGAGGUUGAUGUGUAGGGCUGGUCCGGGCACUGAGAGGGUUAAUCCCCAGAUGACAGGAGGAGGAAGCCUUGCAGGCAGGGUUACUGUCAGUGUGGGACGUGCUGCAGUCACAUUGCUAUUCGUUACAGUGUGUAAGUGAAGUCACUCAGCAGGAGCCGGGAAGGAGGCAGCUCAUAGGAAGAGAGAGGGGCAAGAAGAGUAGAGAAAGUGCCCCCGGGGCUGAGGAGACCGCACACAACUGCCCUACACCCAGCACGGGAUAUAACUCCGGGACAGCUAUGGCUUAUACCGAGCACAGGGCGUAGUGUCGGGCUGUGGGUCUACUACUCAGAGAACCAGUAAACUUUACAGCACAUAACAAAGGAAUCAGCUUGCUAUAAAUAUGGGGUUUGCAACUGAAUUUAGUUGCCCCAACGGGCACAUCGCUUUGCUGCGCCUGCAAGACUCUGAACUGAAAUUAAUGGAAUGUAUGAGAAAGUGGAUGAUACAGCGUUCAAAGAGUGACAAAGAGUAUGCCUCACAGCUUCACCAGAUGUUUACCCUGAUCGAGAAGUUGGAUCAGUCUCCAGUGUCGGGUUUGUCAGAGUACUCAAGUCAGCUGAGUCAGGUCUGGUCUACAAUGGUAACCCAGACAGAGAACCUGAGUCACAUAUUACGGAACCAUUCAGACGCUCUAAAUUCCGGGCCUCUAAAAAAGCUCACUGAUCUCAUUCGGGAAAAACAGCAGCUGAAAAAGUCAUAUACUGAACAGUGGCAACUUCUCAACCAGGAUUAUUUGAAGACAACCCAACAAGAAACGGAUAACCUAAAGGCUCAGUAUCGUAGUAAAGUAAAAGAUACAGUACAAGCCAAGAAAAAGUACCAAGAGGCAAAUAAAGACAAAGAUCGAGACAAAACUAAAGAGAAGUAUGUGAAGAACACUUGGAAACUACACACCCUCCACAACCAGUAUAUCUUGGCUAUUAAAGCUGCUAAACUGCACCACGAACACCACUACAAUCUGAGCCUGCCCAAUUUACAUGAGUCCAUGCAGAACCUCCAGGAGAAGAUGGUGUCCAUACUAAAAGACAUCAUGCAAGAAUACCACACAAUCACAAGUCUUGUGCAAGAGGAAAUAGCAGCUGUUCAUCAAGAGAUAAAUAAUGCAAUAAUAAGUAUCAAUCCAAAUAGAGAAUAUGAAUACUUCAUCCAGCUGAACAGGUCAACAGCAAACCUACCACCCAUGACAACAUUCGAUACAAGUUUACUAGAAGAGACUGACAACCUUGAGGAAGAGGAACUUCAGCUAAAUGAUCUGACUAUAGAGAAUGUUCAGCAUACGCUGACAUCAGUUGAAGAGGAACUAGCAGUAGUCACAGAAACAGUUUAUUCUAAACAAGAAGCAUUAAAACAGAUACAAACUGAAACUGCUAAUGAAGAAAGAAGUAAAGUAGAUCAAAUAAGUCUCCUGGCCAAAUGUCAGGCCCUUCAGGAUGCCCUUGUGCAGUACAAUAUGUCUCUAUGUAGCAAGGUCAAGCUGCAAGGUCAGAGAGAGAUACUUAAAAAGAAGAUAAGUGAACUUGGAACCAAUGAUCCACUUCCAGCACUUCAGCUACAGGAUGAUGGACAAUCUAUUUGUUCAAUUGACAAGGAAAGUAGUCUUAAUCAUACUCUGGAAAAUAUUAAGAAUCACAUUUCUGGGAUUUUCCGACCAAAAAUAUCUCUACCACCUCUUUUACUAUUGGUUCCAGAUGUCCAAAAGCCGCUUAGUCAACAGAGCUGGUACCAUGGUGCCAUUCCGCGAACUGAAGUCUUAGGAUUGUUAACAAACAAUGGAGAUUUCCUUGUUCGUGAAAGCCAAGGGAAACAAGAAUAUGUGCUGUCUGUAUUGUGGGAAAAUCAGCCGAGGCAUUUCAUCAUUCAGUGCAUAGAUAACCUUUACAGACUGGAAGGAGAAUCAUUUCCUACCAUCCCAUUGUUAAUUGACAAUUUUCUCAAGACAAAGCAAGUGGUCACCAAGAGGAGUGGUGUUAUAUUAAAUAAAGCCAUUGUAAAGGAUAAAUGGGUGCUGGAGCAUGAAGAAGUUAUCUUAGGAGAAAGGAUUGGACGGGGUAAUUUUGGGGAGGUAUUCAGUGGACGUCUUCGUGCUGACAACAUGCCAGUUGCGGUUAAAACGUGCAGGGAAACUUUGCCGCCAGACUUAAAGGACAAGUUUCUGUCAGAAGCCAGAAUUUUGAAGCAAUAUAGUCAUCCUAACAUUGUCAAACUAAUAGGAGUUUGUACUCAGAAGCAUCCAAUUUACAUUGUCAUGGAGUUAGUACAGGGUGGAGACUUCUUGACAUUCUUACGGAAUGACGGCCCCAGACUGAAAACAAAGGAACUCAUCAGGAUGUCAGAGAAUGCGGCAGCUGGGAUGGAAUACUUGGAAAGCAAACAUUGUAUUCACAGGGAUCUUGCUGCACGGAACUGUCUUGUGACAGAAAAAAAUGUCUUAAAGAUUAGUGACUUUGGUAUGUCAAGAGAAGAGGCAGAUGGAGUAUAUUCAUCCACUGGAGGAAUGAAGCAGAUUCCUGUUAAAUGGACGGCACCAGAAGCUCUAAACUAUGGGCGAUACAGUUCAGAAAGUGAUGUCUGGAGUUUUGGGAUUUUACUCUGGGAAGCAUUCUCUCUUGGUGCAGUGCCAUAUACAGCAAUGACCAACCAGCAAACUAGAGAAUUUAUAGAACAUGGAUCUCGCCUGCCUGCCCCCGAGAUGUGUCCAGAUGAUAUUUUUAAGCUGAUGCUGCGGUGCUGGGAAUAUGAUCCAAGGAAACGUCCAAACUUUGGCACUGUGCACCAGGAACUUAUUAGUAUUUGCAAGAGACAUCGAUAAAGCCUCCUGGGUGAUAGACUAUAUGGAGAGAAGGAUGCAAUAUUACUUUAUUAGUGGUUAUCUGGUGGGGCUUACAGUAUGGUCCUACAGGACAUAAUAAACAGCAGCAUUAUUUAUGCUCUUGUGGUGGCCCAGUACGGGAGGUGUUACCCCUGCUCCUGCUGUCCUGUCAGGCAGCCUCUUUCAGUGUCCCCAAGGCCCCCUCCACUUGUUUCCCCAUUGUAAAUAUGUUUUACUAUGUUAAAUGUUAUAAAAUGUAAUGUUGCUUUAAGAGUUGUACCAUGUGAUAUGUCAUGUGAUUGUUACCCAGGAGGUACCAGUGACCAGGUGAUCCCAAGAGUGACCUAUGGGCUCCCUGCUAGUCUCUUCGUUAUUUUUAAGCCCUGGGAGGAGCUAGCUCUCUCUCUCUCUCUUUUCUCGCUCUCUUUGAGCUCUGAUCUUCUGCUAAGCUGAAGUCCAGUGCAGUCGCCUAGUAUGUGUGUCCAGAGUGUGGGAGACCUCAAUGUCAAGUUCUGCAGCCACCAUCAUUUCAAGUAAGCUUCACAGCUUUAUGAGUCAAGUCAAUCCCUGUCAUCUGUCAAGUCAGCGUGGUCUGCAUUCAAUUGUCCAGUCCUACUACAAGUUCCAGCAAGCCCUUAAGGUCUCGGCAUCACUGGUCACCUCCUUGGGCCCUGGCUGAACUGUAUAGACUUAAACCCACUGUCUACCCUCAGUAAAGCUACCGCUAUCCAUAACUUGGCGUCGGAGUCUUUAUUGCCCCCGUGCCUAAUCCAGGAUCCAGCGGUAUACCUUUGGGUGGUUCUAGGCUAAACCACGACCUUGCGUCAUGAAUACAAGGGGUUAUUGCCAUCUGCCCCUAGGGUAACAACAUCUGCCCGGCACCACACACACCACCAUCACACUUUAUACAGAUAAGUUUUAUAUUGCACUAUUCUCAUGGUGAAAUGUGUCACUAGACAUUUCCAUUUUAUCAUGGCAGCGUUAGUGAAGCUUUUCUUCAGUGGUUCAGUUCAUCUUCCCGGCAUUUCUCAAACCUCUCAUUCCAGCAUAGUAGAAGAAUAAAAGGUCACAUUUGUACAUUCUGCAUCAGGAUUACUUUUCAUAAAUGCAGGAGGUAAUAAUGUUGUAUAUGGUUUGUACACAUAUUCAGGUAUCAACUGAGUUUGUCAUUCAGCACAAUUCAUCUUGAUGUCACCAUGUGCUAUUUAUGGCUUUACAAAAGGACUGCAUGUAGUCUUACUGCGUUGCCUUAACUCAGAGAGUUAUUAUGAUGCACACACAAUGCAGCCCUAAAGAGUGUAGAUACAUAUGCUGCUCUUCUGCAUCAAUGGUUAAUGCACAAUGUAUUCACAUUUGGAGAAAAAAAAAUGUUUAUCUGUAUGCAUAUUGAAAAAAAUAUAUAUCUGAAGUACUCCAUCUGUCCUUUCUCAUUGAGUUACAAUAAAUAUUGGUUAAUAAUGUUA